AUGGACCGGGAGGCUUCUGUCCACAUCGCUCCCUACCACUAUCCCAAGAAUGUCUACAUUCGCACCGACGACCCUGACCUCCCCACCUUUUACUUCGUCCCGCUAAUCAACCCUAUCUCCCUUCGUGGCUCCAAGCCCAAGAACAUGCCCCUCGUCUCACACGAGGACUCAAUUUUUGGGCCCAACGGUGCUGAUGAAGACACUUUCUCGAUCCCCGACUUCAGCCUGAACUACCUCCAUCUCGACUACAACAUGAACUUGAAGCCUGUUAAGACCUUGACCACGAAGGAGCGAAAGAAGUCUCGUUUCGGAAAGGCCUUCCAUCUCUGUCGAGAAAUCCUUCGCCUCGGCUGUGUAGCCAAGUAA